AUGGAAGCUGAGAUGCAAACCCGAAUUCAAGCUGAAGUGGCCGAAAUAGAGAGGGGAGCCCAGGAGAGUGACAUGCUUGCACCUCUCUUGAAUCUUGUGGGAUGCUCACCAAAGAGAAAAGAAUUUCUUCGUGAAAAACAAGCUCAAGUAGUUGUUGAUGCAUUAUCCCUAGGUGAACUUGAAACGGGUUCGGGUUUAAAUCAAGAAUGGGGGUUAAGAAGACCUUGUGACACUCGUUGGGGUUACCACUUUAAAACAAUUGUAAAUGAGUUGGAUAUAUUUCUUGCGAUCCUUGGCUCACUUGAUGAGAUUGCUAAAGCUGCUGAAGCAAAAUAUAUGAAAGAUGAUUUUAACAGAGCACAAAGUAUUAUUGGUUGGUUAAUGACUUUUGAUUUUGUGUUUAUGGCUCACUUAAUAGUUGUUGUAUUUGCAAUUACAAAUGAGUUGAAUGUUGCUUUGCAAAAACAUGAGCAAGAUAUUGUUAAUGCAAUGGCCAUGGUUAACGCAAACAAGACUAAUUUGCAAGAGUUGAGGGAAGGGAUUCCCUUAUGGAGAAGAUCUUGUAUGUAUUUCACAACCAAAUAUGAGAUUGAGGUUUCAGAUAUGGCUGCGUCAUGUAUUGUUCCCGGAAGAAGGAUGUUCGGAGGUAAGCAUCCGGGGGUGUCUAAUCUUCAUCAUUUUCGAGUUGAGGUGUUUAUAAGUGUCAUUGAUCUUUAG